AAGGUAAAAAUAUCAAUUAUGUGAACAAUUAUCACCAUUUAGUAAUUAGUUAAAAAGUCUUCGACGUUCGCUCUCAUCAUCAUACCAAACAAUUUCGUAAAUUAUUUAACAAAAAUAACGUUAACGAGUCAGAAAAUUUGAGCUUUUUUAUAACAACACGAAAUAAACGAAAAAUCGAUCUAUCAAAUUUCCUUUAUUUCCUGUUUUUGUUUCUUACAAAACCAAACGAUUUCAACAAUUAUUUACAUUUUUUUCUUUUGUUUUCAUUCAUUCCUUCUGUGUUACUUAAUUAUUUUGAACAAUAUGUUUGCAACUAAUCGACUCGACGUGUUACAAAUAUAAUUGAUUGAUGGUCAAUAAUCAACUUGGAAUCUAGAUUACAGGAAUCCAGACACGUAAAGUCUAUUGAACAAUUAAUGACAUAUGAUGUGUUUUUCAGUCACAUAUCAAACAGGUAGUCGUAAAGCUUCAAGUCAGAGCUAUCUCAUGGCAUUGAACUAUUUACAAAACCAUUAUUCCCUGAGAACUAAUUAUCAUUUACCAUCACCUAUUACGAGUGAGCACCUAUUAGUAAUGUGGUUUCUUCGGUUUGAAGUUACCUUGAGAAGAUUCAAAAAUCUUCAUUCAGUUUAGAACUUGUCCUUUGAUGUUGAACAAAAUUGAAAAAUAGCCAAGCAACCGAUUUCUGCGUCAUUCGAAUUCAAUCAACUUGUAGAGAUUUUGCAAGAUGAUUUUAUCUCCAACCCACGUAUAGCACGUGCGAUGAAACGCUGCAUGCAUAUCUUUACGUCCGUUGGCCUUUAGUUGGCAUCAAGAGCUGAAAGUGAAACAGUAUAUCUCGAAAUCUGGCGUCUACAAGAAACAGCAGCAGCAGCAGCAGCAGUAGCAGUGGGAGCAGCGAACAACGUGCCGCGAAACGGACAGCAACAGCUCCUAUAAAAUGUGGCCGAUCGUGGAUAGCUAGUCUCCUUAUCCGUGGGCGGUACCCGCACGUGUAGUUAAACAUGUAAAACACAGUACACAUAUACACCCAUCGCAAAAUGUAUAAAUCGGGAAAACCGCGGUACGUGGCGCCCUGCAAAACAGCCAGUCAUAUUAUCGUUGCGCUAAUCAGACUUUAAAACAACGGCUGUUUCUUCCUCCGUUUUCCCCUCCACUACUUCGUUCAACCGCAUGUUUUAUACUCACUAUUGAUAUACAAGAACAAAGCCUCAUUCACGUGUUACUUGUCGCGAAAGUGAAACGUGUUUUGGAUCAACGUCGGUUACUACAAAUUCAAAAUUUCUCAGUGACGGCAUUCACUUCUAAUUUUCAAUUAUAUUUAUUUACUUUAAUUAAUAAUCUCCCUCUCUUAUACUUCUCACAUCCUACCGAGUUCAAGGUAGUUGAUUUUACUUCGAAUAUUGUAUUUCUAGAACAAUUAUAAUUAUCAGUGAUUAUAACAAAGUGACCCCGCGUUUCAACUUGGAAUUCGCUCGAUCUCCUGAAUAUAAUAAUUCAACGAAUUAAUCCGGAUAGAAUACUGUUGUUAUUCUUUGUGGAUAAUUAUUCGUGAAAAACUGUGAUAUAUCUGGCGACGAGUUGGAGUGUUCCAUAUUAUUUUUUUUAUUUACGGUAAAUUGGGAGAUAAAUCCUGUAUACUUAUAUGUAAAUAUAUGUAUAAACGCUCAUCGACAAACCAAGAGUGAUUAAACAAAAAAAAAUUAUUAUUAAGACAAAAUAAAUCAGUGAAAUUUAGUGCCAAAUAUUAUCAUACAAAAUUAUCAUUGCUCAGUCUUUCUGUUUUUCUAAUUUUAAUAAUUCAAAUCAUCGACAUGGUAAAGUGAUAUCGAAAAAAGCACGGAAACAAAAAAGAAAGAAAAUUAAGACACAUGUGACACUUGUGCGGAACACUUUAUCUUAUUUUAUUUAAUUUAAUUUUUUCAUUUUUGCCUUAUGUUUCGUAAGUUUAUUUUGUUUUCAAAAUUGAUUUGAAGAAUAAUAUCGCGUUAUCGUAAUUGUGUACGUGUUAAAAGACAAUAAAAUAAGCUAUAGUUAUCAUAAAAAAGUAUAAAAAAUGGCACAUGAACCCGUGAAUCGGAAAAGGAAGAACAAUGGAAAUACAAAUGAAUUUGAAACAACGGACAUUGAUGUGGAUGGAACGGGAAUUGUACCGCCUGACGGUGGAUGGGGAUGGGUUAUAGUAUUCGCAUCAUUUAUGAUACAUAUUGUCGCUGACGGUGUUACGUAUUCAUUUGGUAUAUUUUACUCUGAGUUUCUCAAUUAUUUUAAAGAAGGGAAAGGCAAAACUGCGUGGAUCGCUUCGAUUCUCGUUGGAAUUACACUUUGCUCAGGACCGAUCUCUAGCUCCUUCGUAAAUAAAUAUGGAUGCAGACCUGUUACGAUUGCUGGAAGUAUUCUUGCCUUCGCUUGCCUUCUGGCAAGUGUUUAUGCACAAAAUGUCCUCACUAUGUACUUUACGAUUGGGAUUGGCACAGGUCUUGGUUUUGGGCUCAUUUACCUCCCUGCUAUUGUAAGCGUGACUUGUUAUUUUGAAAAGUAUCGUUCACUUGCUACUGGAAUAGCAGUAUGUGGCUCUGGUGUUGGAACUUUCGUUUUUUCACCAUUAACUGAGUCUCUGAUAUCAUAUUUUGGAUGGCGAGGUGCUAUGAUGAUUAUAUCCGGUUUGGUACUCCACUGUACAAUAUUUGGUGCACUUUUCAGACCACUGGAACCACCAAAACCGAAGGACAUUCCUAUGAUUGUAAUACACUCGGAGAAAAAUGGUUCUCUUGUCAAAGUCGUUGAGUCAAAUGGUAUCAAGAAAGAAGAGAACAAGGAGAAAUAUCGUAGCGUAACAAGUAUUAAUCAAAUGAAAUACUCUGCUGUAAAGACUGAAGAUGGAGAGGGUGGAAAUAAUAUGCGUGGCGCACUCAGCCAACCCACCCUUUUCGGAAAAGGUCUCGGAAAUCAUUCGGAAUCAAUGACCAGGUCGUUCGGAAGUGGAAUUAUGAGACGGCGAGACAUUUUAUAUCAAGGAAGCUUGGACAACAUCAGGACCAAGUCAGGAUCUUUGGCAAAUAGCGUUGAGAAUAUUAGGAUACAUUCGUCUUUGAGAAGCCUACCCACUGCAAACGGUAAACAUUCGGAAAAUUUCGAAUGUCUUCCGUCUGCUGAGGAGACUUUGGGUAUAUUCCAGGAGAUGUUGGAUCUAUCGCUUUUGAAAGACCCUGUAUUUUUACUCUUUACAUUUUCCAAUUUUUGCACCAGUAUUGGUUUCAACAUCCCCUACGUUUACCUGGUGGCCCAAGCUGAAGAGCGACAUAUGGAUAAAGUCUGGGCCAGUUAUUUACUUUCCGUUAUUGGAGCGGCUAACACAUUUGGACGUAUAAUUUUGGGCUACGUUUCGGACAAGCCUUGGAUAAACCGUCUCCUCGUCUAUAAUCUCUGCCUGACUGUUUGCGGAAUUUCCACCGCAUUGAGUACCUUCUGCGUCUCAUUUACAAGUUUCGCUUUCUACUCAACCGUUUACGGAUUUACGGCCGGGGCUUACGUAGGCCUUACAUCUGUGAUUCUGGUGGAUUUGCUCGGUCUAGAUCGUCUGACUAAUGCAUUUGGCCUUCUGUUACUCUUCCAAGGGCUAGCUUCUCUACUCGGCCCUCCAGUAGCAGGAUGGUUGUACGACGCUUUAGGAUCCUAUAAUCCAGGAUUUUGGAUGGCUGGAUUAAUGAUCGCAAUUAGUGGUCUCAUUCUAUUUUUUAUUCCUGCACUCCAAAGGCACGUACAGAAGAAAAAUGAAAGAUUACAAAGGAUAGAUGUUACACUUUAGAAUCUAUGUAUUAAUUGUUAAUAUGUACAUUUAUAUUUAGUAUUUCAAAAAAUUCUUAUUAAUUGUUAAUCCUCGUUAUUGAUUGUACGUAAUCGAUAGUGUAUAUUUUUAUACACAUAUACAUAUAGGUAUAAUACAUUACAAUUGCUGCAACUGCCACCUAAA